AUGGCAUUUUCAGUACCUAUUCAAGAGAGUGCUCCGCACAUCUACAUCUCGGCGCUUCCGUUCACACCUACAGAAUCGCAUCUGCAUAUUGAGGGGUUAGAUAUGUAUAAGAACACUCUCAAAGUGACUAAAGGGCUGGAGAAGACAUACCGGGGACUUCCAGAAGCGCUUCGGGGACAUACAAAUGGAGUCACGGCAAUCGCAUUUUCACCAGAUGGCUCACGCAUUGUCUCUGGAUCGGAUGAUAAGACGAUUCGACUAUGGGAUGCGGAGACGGGCCAGUCGUUGGGAGAACCAUUCCGAGGCCACACAAACUCGGUCACCGCCGUCGCAUUCUCACCAGACGGCUCGCGAAUCGUCUCUGGAUCGUAUGAUAAGACGAUUCGACUAUGGAAUGCGGAGACGGGCCAGUCGUUGGGAGACCCACUCCGAGGCCACACAAACUUGGUCACCGCCGUCGCAUUCUCACCAGACGGCUCGCGAAUCGUCUCUGGCUCGCACGAUCAUACGAUUCGAAUAUGGAAUGCGGAGACGGGCCAGUCGUUGGGAGACCCACUCCGAGGCCACACAAACUCGGUCAGCGCCGUCGCAUUCUCACCAGACGGCUCGCGAAUCGUCUCUGGCUCGCACGAUCAUACGAUUCGACUAUGGAAUGCGGAGACGGGCCAGUCGUUGGGAGACCCACCCGAGGCCACAAACCGGUCAGCCGCCGUCGCAUUCUCUCCAGACGGCUCGCGAAUCGUCUCUGCUUCGCAGGAUAAGAUGAUUCGGCUAUGGGAUGGAAAAACCGGUCAGCCACUACUUGGAGGGCCAUUAAAAGGGCACGACAACGCGGUCGUGAGCGCCAUUUUCUCUCCAGACGGCUCUCGAAUCAUUUCUGGCUCGAAAGACCAGACGAUUCGAGUAUGGAAUGCGGAGACGGGCCAGUCGUUGGGAGACCCACUCCGAGGCCACACAAACUCGGUCACCGCCGUCGCAUUCUCACCAGACGGCUCGCGAAUCGUCUCUGGCUCGGACGAUCAUACGAUUCGAAUAUGGAAUGCGGAGACGGGCCAGUCGUUGGGAGACCCACUCCGAGGCCACACAAACUCGGUCACCGCCGUCGCAUUCUCACCAGACGGCUCGCGAAUCGUCUCUGGCUCGCACGAUCAUACGAUUCGACUAUGGAAUGCGGAGACGGGCCAGUCGUUGGGAGACCCACUCCGAGGCCACACAAACUCGGUCAGCGCCGUCGCAUUCUCACCAGACGGCUCGCGAAUCGUCUCUGGCUCGCACGAUCAUACGAUUCGACUAUGGAAUGCGGAGACGGGCCAGUCGUUGGGAGACCCACUCCGAGGCCACACAAACUCGGUCAGGGCCGUCGCAUUCUCACCAGACGGCUCGCGAAUCGUCUCUGGCUCGUGGGAUAACACGAUUCGACUAUGGAAUGCGGAGACGGGCCAGUCGUUGGGAGACCCACUCCGAGGCCACACAAACUCGGUCAGCGCCGUCGCAUUCUCACCAGACGGCUCGCGAAUCGUCUCUGGCUCGGACGAUCAUACGAUUCGAAUAUGGAAUGCGGAGACGGGCCAGUCGUUGGGAGACCCACUCCGAGGCCACACAAACUCGGUCACCGCCGUCCUUCUCACCAGGCGGCUCGCAAAUUCGUCUCUCGGCUCGGAUGAUCACGAUUCGACUAUGGAAUGCGGAGACGGGCCAGUC